UCAGGGAUGGUGUAGAUGGAGCUUGGUCCUGCCUUGAGGGCGGGGGGCUGGACUCGAUGACCUCUCGAGGUCCCUUCCAGUCCUAUUAUUCUAUGAUUCUAUGAUUCCACAGGCCGCAGACACCCGUCUUUGUGCACAUGGGACAAUGACAGAGCCCUGGAGAGCCCUGCCCCCUCGCGCUCAGCUGUGCCACCUGGAUCACAAUGACUGAGCUCAGGGAAGCUGGUGGAAUUGGUGCCUGGGUGUUUGUAAUGUACCCACAAGACUAGACUCAUUAGAGGACAGGCCCCACAUGUCCUGCUGCUGAGCCAGAACCUGUUAUCCCUGAGCUCUGGUGGGUGGAUAAAACAGGACCCCGCCACCUGGGAAUCAAACUUCCCCAGGAUUUGGGUUUGCAAAGCCCAGACCUGUUGGCCUUGCUCCAGUUCUGCACUGCCUGUUCGUCGCACUGCCAGAUGGUGGAGGGCAGCCGUCAAUCCUUUCUAGAACGUUGUGGACCAACGGCACAUUCUCAGGCACAGCUCUGCCAGAGGGAGGGCCUCGGAACAGGAGUCUCCUGGUUUUCCCUGUGAGGUCACCCUGGGAGCUGAGGGUCUUCAACUCCCUCCAGGUCCUCACUGCUUCAAUGUGUGUGGUUGCAGUAAUACUGCAGCCCCCUGGCCCAGUGGAGGGGGCCCUAGGCUGGAAGUCAGGAGAUGUGCGUUCCCUUCCCUGCUCUGCUCUUAGCCUCUCUGUGCUGUCCGCACUGGCAGCCUAUUCUGCCCCUAACCAUCCCAGCCCAGCAUUUUCUCCCUCCUGCUAGCCUCGGGACCUGCUUUCCACCAGUCGGAAAAGGGGCUGCUGCUAAGCAAGGUAGCCCGCCUGCGUUUGUAUUUUGUGAUUUGUUUCAUGGCAGGAAACAGCACGCUGCAGAGUAACACACAUAAAAUCAGGAUGGUUAUCGGCCCCCAGGCUGAGCGAGAUAAAGCCCAAACUGCAUCAGCAGCCUGCACAUUCUUUGCAAGAGAGCGCUCACUGGGAAGAUGGAGUACCAGGCCUGCGCAAGACUCACGCCACCCUCAAGAGAUGAAGUCGUCUGACAUCGACCAGGAAUUAUUCACAGAAAGCUAUUGCAAAGUGUGCAGUGCUCAGCUCAUCUCAGAAUCUCAGCGGGUGGCACAUUAUGAGAGUCGGAAACAUGCAAGCAAAGUGCGACUUUACUACAUGCUACACCCUAUAGAUGGAGGCUGCCCAGCCAAGAAGCUCCGAUCAGAAAAUGGUAGCGAUGCUGACUCAGUGGACAAGAACAAAUGCUGCACGCUCUGUAACAUGUCCUUCACCUCAGCAGUGGUGGCCGAAUCGCAUUACCAAGGCAAAAUCCAUGCCAAGCGGUUAAAACUGCUGCUAGGGGAACAGCCUGCAAUCAAGGCCACAGAAAGCACUCUGAGCUCAUUAAAGCAGCCGCAUGCAGAUAGUUCUCCUGUGGUGUCAUCACCUCACCAAAGGAGAGACUCUGAUAGGUACUGCCAGCUCUGUGCAGCCUGGUUCAAUAACCCCAUGAUGGCACAGCAACAUUAUGAUGGCAAAAAGCACAAAAAGAACGCAGCCAGAGCUGACUUAUUAGAACAACUAGGGAAGACGCUGGACCUCGGAGAGUUGAGAGGUCUGAAGCGGAGUUACACUUGUAACAUCUGUAAUGUCACCUUAAACUCAAUAGAACAGUAUCACGCUCAUCUGAAGGGUUCCAAACAUCAGACCAAGAGUUUCAAAGUCAGAUCUGAAUUCUGGAGCCUGUCUGCUGAACUUGGUUGGCCAAGGCUGGGAGGAGGUGCCAGGGGAAGUGACAUGACUGGUAUUGCAGCACUGAAUACAGAAAUGUACAGGAAGUCCCCAGCGUAUGAACGGGGUGUGUCCCAAAACCUGAAGAAUCAAUAGUGAUUCAUCACUCAAAAGAAGGGGGAGAAAAAUCAAGAUUUUUUUCUGCAAAGAAGAGAUUAUUAACCAAUAGAAAGGAUGCUUUCUUGGACAAUGAGCAUUUCCUAUGUGGAUUCAUUAAUUACCAUAUAACUAAAUCUUCACUUUGGACAAAUACAUGGAUUUUUUUAAUUUUGUGGUGAGUUACAAUAUUUGGAUGGAUUUUUUUUACCCUUUCAAGAUAAUAUAUUCAGCGCACAGUCAAGUGUGUGACAAAUAUCCUGUAAGAAACACCAUCUAAACUGCACUCAUCCUCAGAGACAGUGGAAAUAAAAUAUUUUUUUUCAUAUUUAUUCUUAGAUUUCUUCUGAGAGUAUAAAAUUGCUCUAUUAAAUUAUCCAUGAUUGUGAUGUAAUCAGUCUUCAACCAGAAAUAAACAUGAUUUCUUCACCUUCUUCGGCAUGAUUUGUGUCAACCUAUAAAGAAAAAAGAGAAUCACAGGAUUAGAAACUGGGAUCUUUGCUAGCCCUGCAAAAUUGAACCCUGGAAGAUCAAUCGCUGGGGCAUUGAUCCUCUGCCACGUGGAGCUGUGGCCUAACAUGGACCGUGAGACUUUAAGUGCAUUAAGUUCAUCUCUGCACUUGUGGGAAAGCGGCACUUCCUGUUCCCCGGAAUCCUGUAAAACGUGAGCUGCCAGCAGAACGUCCUAUCGCUGCUGACUAUUGUUCGCUGAGAGUUUAGCGCCAGGUCCUGGGAAAUGAAGGAUACGAAGAUUCCAAGCAACUUACAUCACCUUGGAGGCUCCUUGUAUCCAAAAGCAACACUGCCUGCUCUUCGGCCAAGUCACCCCUGGAAAGAACUCCCCAGACUCUCCAUUGACAUCCUCGUCUACUUGGACUACCCCUGAGCGAUCCCACAGACCCACGGAUUGGCAUUACUGGGACCAUCACUAGCCAAUGCCUGCUGUGCUACUAGCACCCUGACCACUCUGGCUGGCGCCACAGCCCUCCACAGACUGCACACGUCUGCCGAGGGGGGUGAAGUGUGGCCCGUCCAGUUCUCUCACCUCAAGCCAGCUGGGACUGCAAGUGGCCUGAUUCUUCCCAAGGCUCUUCUUCUAGGGACCCCACAAGGAAUGCCAGAGAGGGCAGCUCAGCUCACUCCCCAACACACCAAGCAGACCUCAGUUCUGAGAUGCCAACUGAAGUUCAAAACAUUCAGGUCCCACAUCUCCCAUUUACCAGGCACGACUGUCCUUCGACAAAGGACUCGUAGUCAUUCCGUCGUCUUUUACCCAGAUUUCCAACACUCUAUUGUUACAGGCCAUUAUUACACUCUAUGAACUUUCACUUCCCACAGCUGAAAUCAAGCGGCAUUUGAAAUAAGGAACAUGUCACACUGAACGUCUGUCUACACACAGCGGAAAACAGAACUGCUUGCUCUAUUUCGGAGCACAAACCUGACUGUGAAGUUGAGAACAAGCAACUCCAUAGCAUGCCAAAGUUGAAUGGCUUUUCUACAGAGCUGCAGCUGGCCUCUCAUUCCAAGGUCUUGUGUCUCCAACCGUGUCUCUUCAGCCUCGAGGUGUGGAACUGCGAAUUGUUUAAUCAUAUUAAAUUUCACA